CGCAUGACAGUUUACAGUCUUCCUGUUUGCUCGUGGCUAGAGGACGUUGGUGUCACAGAGGAGAGGGGCUCUUUAGAUAUUUCUACUUUCACUAAAUUAAUAAAAGAAGUCAAAGAAACAAAAUGUUUUCCCGUGCCGUGAGACCUACCGUUAGCCUCGCUCGGAGCCUGUCCACUUCUACGCACAACAACGCCAAGGUUGCGGUGCUAGGAGCUUCAGGCGGCAUAGGCCAGCCGCUAUCACUGCUUCUGAAGAAUAGCCCCCUGGUGAGUCACCUCUCCUUGUUUGAUAUUGCCCACACACCUGGGGUGGCUGCAGACCUCAGCCACAUCGAGACAAGGGCCCAAGUGACCGGCCACAUGGGUCCCGACCAGCUCGAUGCUGCACUGCAGGGCUGCGAGGUCGUGGUCAUCCCCGCCGGUGUCCCCAGAAAACCAGGCAUGACUCGUGAUGACCUCUUCAACACCAACGCCACCAUUGUAGCCACCUUGGCCGAUGCCUGUGCACGCAACUGCCCCGAGGCUAUGAUCUGCAUCAUCGCCAACCCUGUUAACUCCACCAUCCCCAUUACAGCAGAGGUCAUGAAGAAGCAUGGAGUGUACAACCCCAACAGAGUGUUUGGUGUCACAACCCUGGACAUUGUCAGAGCAAACGCCUUCGUUGCAGAGCUCAAAGGCCUUGACCCAGCUCGUGUCAAUGUACCUGUGAUUGGAGGUCAUGCUGGGAAGACCAUCAUCCCCCUCAUUUCCCAGUGCACUCCUAAAGUAGAGUUCCCUGCUGACCAGCUGAGUGCUCUGACUGGCAGGAUCCAGGAGGCUGGCACAGAGGUGGUGAAGGCCAAGGCUGGAGCUGGAUCUGCUACCCUCUCCAUGGCCUAUGCUGGUGCCCGCUUUACCUUCUCCGUCCUGGACGCCAUGAAUGGAAAGGAGGGUGUGGUGGAGUGCGCCUAUGUCAGGUCUGAGGAGACAGAGUGCAAGUACUUCUCCACACCUCUUCUUCUGGGGAAGAAUGGCAUUGAGAAGAACCUUGGGGUGGGCAUGCUGUCUGCCUUUGAGGAGAAAUUGGUGGUUGAUGCCAUUGAUGAGCUGAAGGCCUCUAUCAAGAAGGGCGAGGAAUUUGUGGCUAAAAUGAAGUGAACAGGAGGUAUUAAGUUAGUUGAAAACAAAAACCUGUGAUUUGAUUAUUUGUUCCGUCUUAACUUAAAAGGCAUCUGGGUAAAUCUCAAGAUCUGUCACAGUGUUUCCUCUUUUGUUUUUGUUUAAGCAGUAGGGUCCUCUUGAUUGAAAAAUCCUGGUUUUAACCAUGGUCCUCUUACCUAUGUAACAUUUCCCUGACCUUCUCAAACAUGGCUUUAUCUUGCACUUAUGAUUUCUGUACAUACAGUGUACUGUGAGUUAUCUAUUUUGCAAAUGUCAAAUUGAAACAAAAUCUCAUAUAUUUUCAUGUACAGUCUGUAUUAGUUGAAUUUUCUCUGCUGAAUGAAUGAGGGGGAAAUACUGUCAUCAUGCCUGUUGAUGCAAGUAAAUGUUACUGAUGAGCAAAAAUACUCCACCAAUAAAUGGUUUAGCUUUAAAAAA